GGCGCUGAGCGGCAGCACUGCGCCUCACACGCACCUCCGAGCUCAACAUCCCAUCUCUCUCCUUUUCUUCGCUUUUCUGCUUCUCGACAAAAAUUCCUCCUCAUCGGUGAAUGCCGCUGAUAGCGGGUCCGGCACACAGGCAAGGCACAGCCUGAUCUAGCGCACAGUCAGAGCACAGCCUGAUCCGGCACGGCGGCGUCCAGAGCCGGGCUCUCACUCUGCUCCGUGUGCGCCAGGAUCAGGGGCAUCCGGGGACGUCCGGAGGGACUGCUUUUUAACACAAGCACACCCUCCUGAGGAUGAGCCAGCUGUGAGCUGUGAACCUCUCCAAGCUGUGUGGACCAUUCCCAGGAUCGGCAAGGCCGCCUCGCCGGAGCUGCCUCGCUGCCUCACUGGAGCUGCCCUGCUCCCGUCUUCUCUCUGUUGCAGGAGGCUUCCCUCAGCAGCUCAUGGACCUGCACCGCGCCGCCUUUAAGAUGGAGAGCUCCUCCUACCUGCCCAAUCCACUGGCAUCGCCUGCCCUCAUGGUGCUGGCCUCCACGGCUGAGGCCAGCCGCGACGCCUCCAUCCCUUGCCAGCAGCCGCGCCCCUUUGGUGUGCCUGUAUCCGUGGAGAAGGAGGUGCACCUCCCCUUCACCAAUGGCUCCUACACAUUCGCCUCCAUGUACCACCGGCAGGGUGCCGUGCCGGGUGGAUUUCCCAGCCGGGACUUUCCACCCUCCCUGCUCCACCUGCACCACCAGUUUGCCCCUCCCAACCUGGACUGCACCCCUAUCAGCAUGCUGAACCACAGUGGUGUGGGUGCCUUCCGGCCCUUUGCGUCGCCCCCAGAGGAGCGUGAUGGUGCCGCCGCCGGCUACCAGUCAGCUUUCACGCCCGCCAAGCGCCUGAAGGGCUGCCUGGAGGCAGAGGCCUCCCCCCACCUGCGUUAUUCGGAUGCUGAGGGGAAGGAGUAUGACUACGCGGGUACACAGAUUCCAUCCAGCUCGCCGGGAGCCCUGAAAGCUGUGGAGGACGCUGGAAAGAAGAUCUUCGCAGUGUCGGGUCUGCUGUCUGACCGCGAGGCCUCGUCUAGCCCAGAGGACCGCAUCGAGCGCUGUAAAAAGAAAGCCUCACUCUACGACACACAGGCCCCCGUCUGCCCCAUCUGCCAGGUCCUGCUGCGCCCAGGGGAGCUGCAGGAGCACAUGGAGCAGGAGAUGGAGCGGCUCACUCACAUGCAUCUAAGUAAGAACCCUACACACAAGGAUGUGAGCACAGCACCCGGCACGCCCAAGUCCUUGCUGCUGUCUGUGCACAUCAAGCGCGAGGGGGAGUCACCCGUGCUCUCGCCCCUGUCCUCGGAGGACCUGCAUCACUCGGACAGGUACCAGACUUUCCUACGAGUGAGGGCAAACAGGCAGACCCGGCUGAAUGUCGAUGCCCUCUGCUGGUGCAGGCGCUACGCCAAGGAAAGUGUCAAAACUACCCCCCCUCAACCGCACAACGGAGCCCCCCUUGCCCCCUGCUGCAGUCGCCACGCCCGCAUCGGGAAGAUGAAGCGGCGGAAGGCGGACGAUGGGCAGGUAUGUCCGCUGUGCAGCCGCCCACUGGCCGGAACCGAGGAGCACAUGAGUAGGCAUGUGGAGGAGUGUCUGCUCCAGCGGGAAGGUGCAUGCCACCCUGACGACGACGCCGCUGACCUGGACGGCGAGAACGGCACGCGCUUCGAGGAGUAUGAGUGGUGUGGCCAGAAGCGGGUGCGAGCCAGUGCCCUGCUAGAGGGGGGCUACAGAGGCACUGGUUUCGCAACUUGCAGUACCAAGGAGAGCCAUGACAGUGAUGCCGACCUUGAUGUUGACGGUGACGACACGCUGGAAUACGGCAAGGCGCAGUACACAGAGGCAGACAUCAUUCCAUGCUCUGGAGAGGACCAGGGAGAGGCCAAGGAGCGCGAGGCCUUGCGGGGUGCCGUGUUGAACGGUGGGACACCGACCCACAGAAUAACCCCUGAGUUCUCCAAAUGGGCCAGCGACGAAAUGCCCUCCACGAGUAACGGAGAUGGAGCCAAGCAGGACAGUAGUGGGGCCUCGGGUGCCACUCCCAGGACUUGCAAAAACAGCGACAUUGAGAAGAUUACGGAGGAGUCCACCAUUACCACUUUCGAGGCCCUGAAGGCUCGCAUCCGGGAGCUGGAGAAGCAGGUUCUGCGUGGAGAUCGCUACAAGUGUCUCAUCUGCAUGGACUCCUACACGAUGCCCCUGGCCUCCAUCCAGUGCUGGCACGUCCACUGUGAGGAGUGCUGGCUGCGGACGCUGGGGAACAAGAAGCUCUGUCCACAGUGCAACACCAUCACAUCGCCCGGGGAUCUGCGACGUGUUUACUUGUGAUCAUCUGUCCACGGCUCCAUAAUUCCCCCUACGCCCCGCGUCUUUGUCAGUGUGUUUUUGUGAGGGUGAGGGCGGUUGUCAGCAUGGAUUUUAUAGGAAGUCCUUCCUGUUUUAAUGAGACGGGACUCGUGUUUGAGGGACUCUCAGAAGAGGGAGAGCAAGAAUCCUGGCUGGAGAGGCAACCAAAGCAGACUACUAUCAUGGCAGCCCUCUCCCAGCACCUCUGCUGCCCCGCUCUACACACCUGUACCCCCCCUCCCCACCACCACCACCACCACCACCACUGACCGCCUCCGCUGCUGCCACCUAGUGGUGGUGUGAUUUGAAGUAUCAGGUACUAUUGUGUGUCCUUGCCCUUGCUCUGCCAGACCAGUGCUGGUCCAGUCCCCAGCACCUACAUGACCCCACACCGCCUCCUAGGAUGUCCUUGCGUCCCCCAACCCCAUUGCUGUCUUUGUGGAGUCCUUCACCCCGGUCGGACAUGAUGGCUGCGCUGAGGGCCAGCGUGGGCCCCACGUGGGAGAAGGCGCCUCCGCCCGUAGGUCCUUUGCCCCCCUGGCCACAUGUUCACCUCUCUGUUUCUUUUUCGUGGUGUUAUAGUGCUGUCGUUAAGAGACCAGGUUCAGGAAAAAGCCCCCCCCCCCCACUGAAACAGCAGAGCAGGCACAUGUAAUAUAGUCUAUGUAUGUUUACAGUGUUGUGUAUAAAUGACAUGGAAGCUGGACACGCCCACUCACACGUAUAUAUACGCGCAGGCCUGACCGCCAGCGCUUCUGCCAGGGAGCGCCCACUUUUCUCAGGCGUCGGCCUCUCAAGGCAGAAGCUGCAUUUCAUUGUACAGGAGAAGACUGAGGUAAUAAAGCUGGGAAGAGUUAGAGUGUACAUUUUGGUUUGGAUAUACAGUAAUUGUAGUUGCGUUCCUCCUCGAUGCCGCUCUUGAGAGAGGCUUUCAGACGCUGUUCCUUCCCUGAGCUCUGGAGGGCGCCCACGCGGCUCUGCGGAUGCUGCUAGAAUGAACUACCCUGGACACCUUCUCCCUUAAGUUAUAUAAUAUUGUGCUAAUAAUGGUAGUCGCUUGUGGUUUUAAAAUGUCUCACCUUUGUCAUUUGCUGUUGUCACUUCAGCCCUUUUCUAUAAAAAAAAGAAAACCAACAAUUUUAGUCUGAAUGUAUAACAAUAAAAUAGUUACAGAACGGUUAUUUUUAUCGUCAUUUGAAAUGGUGAACAGAGCCUUUCCAAAUGUAGUUCAUUCUGUCAGGUUGCAGCACGCUCACAGCGCAGGCCGCGCUGCUGGACACUCGCCGCUUCUCUGCUCCGGCUCUGAGGAGCAGGGCGCCUCCCUGUGGCCGCCCCCCGGACCUGUGCCCUGCUGCCGCUUAGCGGGAUGCUGUGCGUUGUGUUUGUAAAAACUAUGUAUCCUGUGAUGUUUGGUUCAGUGUAAGCAAAAACUAAAAAAUAUUAAAGGCUGGCGUCCACACGCACGGAGGGCCCCUCUUGCUGUGUGACGGAGUGUGCGUGUGGCCCUUGUAUUAACGCUGUAUCCUAGGGGUACUUUUUGCGGCUUGCCCCCCUUGUGUUUCCCGGAGGAACGGCUUCAUGGUUUGUGUGUGACAACGUUGGCCAAUAAACUCUGCCGCUAAACUGUCCUCUGAAU